AUGGGGGACCCAAAUAAAACAUUUGCUGACGUAGUUAAGCUUUUGACAUCAUGGCUGCCGCGACGCUCCAACACAGAAAAUGUCUCCAGGGACUUCUGGAUGCCCGAUCACAGUUGUCGAGUUUGCUAUGACUGUGAUACGCAAUUCACUAUAUUCAACCGCAGGCAUCAUUGCCGUCGCUGUGGGCGAAUUUUCUGUGGUAAGUGUACUGCAAACUCCAUCCCAGUUUCAAGUGGCCCUGACAGAAAUGUCGAUGAGGGGGACAGGAUACGGGUCUGCAACUUCUGCUUCAAGCAAUGGGAGCAAGAAAGAGUCACUUCCCUCAAACAGGUACAGCCGGUGCUCAGCCCUUCCCUGUCCGAGGCGAGUUUGUUCAGCACCAAGUCAGCUAUCACCAUCAAUAGUGUUACCACAACGGCUGGCUCUUACUCUACUGGAAAUUAUCAGCAUUUGGGCUGUGUUACCAGCAUUAGUCCUCCAAAGUGUUGCCAUGACAAGACCUCCCAUAAUAUGCAAGACGCUCAUGCUCCUGAGAAAUGUCUAUCCACUGUUUCAAACAAAGAUGACUCUUCAGUUCAGUUUGGCUACUACACAAACAGGAGUGAUGAUGAAGAUGAAGAAUACCCUGCUUACUGCUCUGAUAGGCAGGCACAACAUCAACAACAGAAUGGACAAUAUUAUGGCCCAGAUGAGUUUUAUGAGCUUGAUGCACCCACACCCUACAAUUCAAAAAUGUCGCAGACAGUUGAAGAAUCUGUGACCUCUAAAGAACUAUCCCCGCAUGUGCUUGAUCAAGGAUUUCCUAGCACACUGACCGUUACAAAAUCAGACAAUGAACCAGAACCAGAUAAUAGUUCUGAAUGUGGUGCUGCUUCAUCCAUUUAUGCUUUAGAAAGUAAUGAUACAAACCCAGUUGAUUUUGAAAAGGAUGAACUUUUCUGGCUUCCUCCUGAACCAGAAGAUGAAGAAGAUGAGAUGCAAACUGACUUGUUUGAUGAUGAUGACGACGACGACGAAUCUGUAGCUGAUGGUGAACGGUGUCGAAUUCGAUCGUCAAGUAGUUUUGGCAGUGGAGAGUUCCGAAGUAGAGAUCGGUCGGGCGAAGAACAUAAGAAAGUAAUGAAGAAUGUCGUUGAUGGACAUUUCAGGGCUUUGAUUUCUCAGCUACUAGAGGUGGAGAAUAUUUCGUUACAUGAAGGUGAUGACAUGGGCUGGUUGGAGAUUGUUACUUCUGUAUCAUGGGAAGCUGCCAACUUCCUCAGGCCAGACACAAGCCAGGGUGGUGGCAUGGAUCCUGGUGGAUAUGUCAAGGUUAAGUGUUUAGCAUGUGGGCACCGCAGUGAAAGCACUGUUGUAAAAGGAGUAGUUUGUAAGAAGAAUGUCGCACAUAGGCGCAUGACAACUAGAAUAGAGAAGCCCCGUCUCCUACUACUUGCAGGAGCUCUUGAGUACCAUCGAGUCACAAAUCAGCUGUCAAGUAUUGAUACAUUGCUCCAGCAGGAAACAGAUCACCUUAAAAUGGCAGUCGCAAAGAUUGUAGCUCAAAAACCCAACUUGCUUUUGGUUGAGAAUUCAGUUUCGCGAUAUGCUCAAGAUUUGCUUCUAGAAAAGAACAUAUCAUUGGUUUUAAAUAUCAAGCAGGCCCUCCUGCAGCGUAUUGCUCGUUGCACAGGUGCUCAGAUAGUUCCUUCUAUUGAUCUCCUACCAUCUCAGAAGCUUGGUUACUGUGAGUUAUUUCAUGUAGAUAAAUACGAUGAACAGUCUGUUAGCUCGGGUAAUGUGUCAAAGAAAAUGGUGAAGACCAUGAUGUUCUUUGAAGGAUGCCCAAAACCAUUGGGUUGCACUGUUCUGCUAAAGGGUGGUAGCAUGGAUGAGCUCAAGAAAAUUAAGCAUGUGGUCCAGUAUGGCAUUUUUGCAGCAUAUCACUUGGCGUUGGAAACAUCUUUCCUUGCAGAUGAAGGUGCAACCCUACCAGAACUUCCAUUGAAGUCUCCAUUGACUGUAGCCUUGCCAGACAAACGAUCUACUGCAGACAGCUCCAUUUCAGCAGUGCCAGGCUUCACAAUUAAUGUUUCAAAUAGCCAGCAAACUGAUAGUUUUGACCACCUUGGUACCAACUACAUCAUGUCAACUCAACCAGGUGAAAAUGCUGUGGUUGAAGCACCAGUAUCCAGUGAAUCCUUUACUUCUCAGAAUACCUACUCUCAUUCUCUUGGACAUUGGUGUGCUAAUAACAGCAAUUUCAACAACGGGACUGGUGAUGGAGAUGGAUUAGUUAAGGUCACUGCAACUUCAACUUCUGUUUCCAUAUCUUCUACGUCUACAUCUGGUGCACUCACAAACCAUACUCCUAGAUAUUCUAGUGUAGACAAAAAGAGUAUGCAUUUUGGUGAUUAUCAUGAUGGUUCAAUGAGAUUACAUGGUAAGACGGUGACAAUGGAUUCAACCAGCAUAUCAAGUUGUUAUCACCAGAGCACAGUCAAAGCUAGCACUAAUAUCAAUAGUUCUAAUGUCAAGGAGUCAUUAGAAGGUUCAUAUGCUUUGGCUAAUGUGAAAACCAUCAACAAGAACAAUUCUGUGGUAAUUCAACCAGUGCUUACUGCUGCUGUACAAAACCAAGAGACCAGUCAAGGAGAUGAUAGCACAUCAAAUAAGGAUGAAGUUGUGCCUUCUGACCAUCAAAGCAUCUUAGUCUCAUUGUCCACACGUUGUGUAUGGAAAGGUACUAUUUGUGAGCGUUCCCAGCUGUUACGCAUCAAGUAUUAUGGUAACUUUGACAAGCCUCUUGGAAGGUUUCUGCGGGACUACUUGUUUGAUCAGGGCUAUCAGUGUCGUUCCUGUGAUAAGCCACCUGAAGCCCAUGUCCAUUGCUAUACUCAUCGCCAGGGAAGUCUAACCAUAUCAGUUAGAAAACUUACCGAAUUUGUUUUGUCGGGUGAAAGGGAUGGGAAAAUUUGGAUGUGGCACAGAUGUCUGAAAUGUCCUUGGAGUAAUGGGUUUCCUCCAGCAACUCAAAGGAUUGUCAUGUCUGAUGCUGCCUGGGGUUUGUCACUUGGUAAAUUUUUGGAGCUUAGCUUUUCAAACCAUGCAGCUGCAAGUAGGGUGGCCAGUUGUGGCCAUUCUCUCCACAGGGACUGCCUCCGGUUCUAUGGGUUUGGCAAAAUGGUUGCUUGCUUCCGAUAUGCUCCUAUUAGGGUUCAUUCUGUUUACUUACCACCUCAUAAACUUGAUUUUGGUCACCAGCCCUUGGAUUGGAUACAAAAGGAAGCAAACGAGGUUAUUGAGCGAGCAAAACAUCUCUUUGAUGAAGUAUUGCAUUCUUUACACUUGAUAUCUGACAAAAAGGUUCAAGGCAGUUCUCUUAACAUGGAAUUUAGCAAUUACAUUGCUGAUCUUGAAAUCAUGCUUCGAAAGGAAAAGUCAGAAUUCGAGGGAUGCCUGAAUAAAGUCUUGAGAAGGGAUAUGCAGAAAGGCCAACCAGACAUCCUUGAGAUCAAUAGGCUGCGAAGGCAGUUACUCUUCCAUUCAUACUUGUGGGAUAAAAGACUGGUAUUUGCUGCAAGAACAGAUAGAUGUCGUCACGAGAAGAUCCAUUUUAUAGAUAGUGUUGCUGAGCAAAAUGUACUACUAAAGCCUCAAAGUGAAUGCAGCGGGAAUAGGUCUGCCAACAAAGAUGCUAAAUAUGUUGAGUGCCUUCAGGAAAGCCUUUAUGGAGGGAAUCACACUGGAGUUGAUGCGGGUACUGUCAAUUCGAAUCAUGUCCAGCAAAUGGCUACAGGCGAAUUGGAUUCGCUUCAAAGAGACAUCAAAACUUCCCUAUACAGCAGUGUCAGUGUAAGUGGUGAUUCAAUUCCCUUGGAACCAGAUCUUGUUGCUCGACGCACCCUUUCAGAAGGUCAGUUUCCUAGUGUAUUGGAUGUGACUAAUGCACUUGAAGUGAAAUGGACUGGCAAAGAUGAUCCUGUUUCUAGCAAGGUAACCAUGCCAGAAUCUACAGCAUCCUCAGAUGAUUCAGAAGAACAUGUGGGUGAUAUUACACCUUCGUAUGCCUCUAUAUUGCUGAGCAAGCUAGGGGACAGUGCAGCAGACCAUUCUAAUUGGAUAGGAAUGCCUUUCUUACUAUUUUACCGUUCUCUCAAUAAGCAAUGGAAUCGUUCAAACCGAUUUGAUGCGCUCAACGAAUAUGCUCCCGAAUAUAUUUUUUUCUUAAGGGAAGUGGAGCGUCAGAUUGGACCUAAAUUUCUCUUUCCUGUAGGAAUCAGUGACACUGUCAUUGGAGUUUUUGAUGACGAACCUACUAGCAUUAUCGCUUAUGCGCUGGCCUCCCAUGAAUAUCAUCUUCAGAUGUCAGAUGAACUGGAACAAGAAACGACAGACACUUCACUCCCACAAUGUGACUCAAGAAGUGCCUCGUUAACUGAAAUGGAUGAAUGUACUUCUGAACUUCUAAGAAGUGUUGUCUCUACAGAGGACAUUAUCUUCUCCAUGUCUGGAAGCAAGAACCCACUUGUUUCAGAUUCACUUGUACCUCGAAAAGUAAGUCACAUAAAAGUGAAUUUUGGGGAUGAAGGUCCUCUAGGACAGGUGAAGUACACUGUGAUUUGUUACUAUGCCAAACAAUUUGAUGCUCUGAGGAGAUUAUGCUGUCCAUCAGAGCGUGAUUUUGUCAGGUCCCUUAGUCGUUGCAAGAAAUGGGGUGCUCAAGGAGGCAAGAGCAAUGUAUUCUUUGCAAAAUCAAUGGAUGAUCGGUUCAUAAUUAAGCAGGUUACCAAAACUGAAUUAGAGUCUUUCAUGAAGUUUGCUCCAGACUACUUCAAAUAUGUAUCUGAGUCGAUUUGCACUGGAAGUCCUACUUGCAUCGCAAAAAUUCUUGGUAUUUAUCAGGUUAAGAGCCUCAAAGGAGGUAAGGAGAUGAGGAUGGAUGUUCUAGUGAUGGAAAAUCUUUUGUUUGAGCGUAAUGUGACAACAUUGUAUGAUUUGAAGGGUUCUGCAAGAUCAAGAUAUAACCCAGACUCAAAUGGUAGUGAUAAAGUACUUCUUGAUCAGAACUUAAUUGAAGCGAUGCCUACAUCACCUAUUUUUGUCGGAAACAAGGCAAAGAGGUUGCUGGAGAGAGCUGUUUGGAAUGACACAUCCUUUCUUGCUUCCAUCGAUGUAAUGGAUUACUCUUUACUUGUUGGUGUUGAUGAGAAAAGGCAUGAACUUGUAAUGGGAAUUAUAGAUUUCAUGAGACAAUACACGUGGGACAAACACCUAGAGACAUGGGUGAAAGCUUCAGGGAUAUUAGGUGGACCAAAGAAUGUGUCACCAACAGUAAUUUCACCAAAGCAGUACAAGAAGCGGUUUAGGAAAGCCAUGUCGGCCUACUUUCUUGUCGUUCCAGACCAGUGGUCGCCUCUAGUGAUCAUCCCCAGCAAGCAAGCUGAGAGUGGUCAGGACAGGGACAGCGACCAGGUUCUCUUGACAGAAUUGUGA